GAUGAUUUAUUACCCUCAUUAUUGAUAUUAACGUAACAUGAAUCCCAUGAGCCCAUCUUCAUCCUCUUCAUCUACAACUUCCUGGUUUUCGGGCAUCGUACGAGCUGGCCGCAAGUCAAACACUUCUACAACGACAACAACAAUGUCCACCAAAUCCGCUAUUAGCGUCGGAGGUGGAGGUGGGCCCAUAGCUGGGCCUAUCAAUCGCAAGAAUCAGUUCCGUGGUGUUAUGUUUAAGUACGGUCCAAAGGCUAUUCAGGUUGCUUUUAAAACCGGGAAUUAUAAACAACAGGUCGUUUUUAUUGGUGGAUUGACAGACGGGUUUUUGGCUACAGAAUAUUUGGAGCCACUAGCAGUUGCGUUGGAUAAAGAAAAAUGGUCACUGGUCCAGUUUUUGCUUUCUUCUUCUUACAGUGGAUAUGGUAUCUCGAGUUUGAAAGAGGAUGCCUCGGAACUUGAUCAGUUAAUCAAUUACUUGAUAAAUAAAGAUGAUUCAGAGGGCGUAGUGCUGCUUGGGCAUAGUACAGGCUGUCAGGAUAUUGUUCAUUACAUGCGUACGAAUGCAGCAUGCUCUAGAGCUGUUCGUGCUGCUAUUUUACAGGCUCCAGUUAGUGAUCGGGAAUUCAGAGCAACCCUGCCCGAAACUGCUGAAAUGAUUGAUUUGGCUUCAAAACUAAUAAGUGAAGGUCGUGGAUCGGAGUUGAUGCCCAGGGAAGCAAAUCAAGAUUCUCCAAUAUCUGCUUAUAGAUUUCACUCCCUUUGUGCAUACAUGGGCGAUGAUGACAUGUUCAGCUCUGACCUCAGUGAUGACCAGCUGAAACAAAGACUUGGCCACAUGUCUAACACACCUUGUCAAGUAAUAUACUCGAUGGCUGAUGAAUAUGUACCAGAUUAUGUUGACAAAAAGGCAUUGGUACAAAGAUUGUGUAGAGCAAUGGGGGGUGCUGAGAAAAUUGAGAUAGAAUGGGGAAAUCAUUCUCUAUCCAAUAGAGUUGCCGAAGCUGUUCAGGCAAUAAUGGCAUUUGUGAAAAGUGGGGGUCCUAAUGGCUGGGAUGACCCUUGGAGCUAGACAAAAAUGGUGGCAUUUUCUUUCUCCUAACAUUGUUUUACAUUUUUGUUUCACUCAAGUUUAUUCUAUUAAUUUUAUAACAUCUUUACCAUGGUGUUUGUUACAUACUUCAAGCUGUAAUUUUAUUUUUUCUUUCUCAAUAUACCAAAAGCUUAGGAA